AAUUCUAUGCUGAGUCGAGCCAUCGUGCAUAAGAAAUAUCAACUCUGUUUGAGAUACCUGAUCGUCAAGUUUGCGCGUCAGUAUACGAAUUAUUUACUUACCGAACGGAAAAUCGAGCCAACAACGCAGUAAUAACAUUGAAUAAUUCAUAUGUUGAUAAAUCAGCUUGAAAGUUCACCCACCAAGCCCAUCAGACGCCUAAAUUUCAGCUCAUUCGACACCGUUUCAUAAAAUGCAUUUACAAUAUCGGGCUUUUUUCCAGGCUCGUUAUGUGUUCACGAUUAUGGCAACUCUUGGAAUGGCGAUGGCUUUUGCGAUGCGCAAUUGCCUCAGCUUGGUGAUCACCAAACUUGUCCCAGAUCCGGACGAAAAACCGGGUAAUUCAACCCAUCAAGAAAUAAAAUUUGCCUGGGAUGAAGAAACACAAGGGAUCAUUUUAGGAGCUUUUUAUGCUGGCUACCUCGUAACUCAGAUUCCAGGAGGUUAUUUGUCGGAAAGGUUCGGAGGAAAGUAUACAUUUGGAUUGGGGAUUUUAUCGACGGCUAUUUUCACUUUGCUUAGUCCGUUCUUCAUACGGGAGAACCCUUGGCCUUUUAUCAUACUACGAUUCGCCGAAGGCGUAGGCGAAGGUACUGUGCUGCCAUCAUUGUACACAUUGCUUGCCCAAUGGGCUCCACCCAGUGAAAAAAGUGUAAUCACGUCGACCACUUUAUUAGGUGGUUUACUUGGCACCUUGGCUGCAAAUAUGGUAUCUGGUAUAAUCUUAGAGUACGUUCCAAAUAGUGGAUGGCAACUUGUGUUUUACGUUUUUGGCGUUGUCAGUAUUAUAUGGUAUGUCUGGUGGCAAAUUUUGUGCUACAGCGAUCCUCAAAGUCAUCCCUUUAUCAGCGAAGAAGAGAAAUUGUACUUGGCCAAAGAGAUGGGACGAAUUGAACGCAAGAAGGAUUUGAAACCAACACCCUGGAAACGAAUCGUCACCUCAAAAGCAGUCUGGGCUCUAGUAGUAGCAAGUAUAGGUCAAGAUUGGGGUGUCUACACCAUCACCACUGAUUUCCCCAAAUACAUCAAUGACGUAUUGAAAUACAGUCCGGUAGAGAAUGGAACCUUAUCCAGCGUAUCUUACACUUCCAUCUUUGUCGUAUCAUGGAUAUCCAGUGGUCUUUGUGACUGGCUGCUUCGACAUAAGAUCACUUCUGCUGCAGUCGUUCGUAAAUCCUACGCCACCAUAAGCACCGUAGGCUUAUCAGCUGGUAUUCUGAUCGCUUCGUAUCUGCACAGUUCACUUUUGGUUGGCUUAUUCGUAGUUUUGGGUACAACUUGCAUGGCCUUUGGUUUCAGUAGCAUCAAAGUGACCGCUCUAGAUCUGAGUCCGAAUUACUCUGGUAGCGUUAUGGCAAUUGUGAAUGGUAUAGGGUGCUCAUCCGGUAUGUUUACACCGUAUGUGGUCGGAGUACUGACACCUAAUAGAAGCGCCGAAGAAUGGAGGAUUGUGUUUUGGUUAAUGGCUCUAAUUACCGUAUCGACUAACUUCAUAUUUAUGAUAUUCGGUUCGUGUUCGUUACAAAGUUGGAAUGAUCUGGACGAUGAUGACGAUUCCUGAUACUUUUGACUUCAUCACUAUUUAUCUGUUAUGUAUAAUUUCCAUGUGUGGGUAUUCAUAUCCUGCGAGACUGUGUUUUUUUUUCUACAUUAUUAAAUAGACUCGUAAUAUAACGAAAAUAAAAUCGACUUUUUUAACGAAUAACUAUCUCUUAUCGUACCUAAUAUACGUAUUUCCUUUUUUUACAACGUUGUCAAAUUACUCAUAUUUUUCUAAACAUCACAUUUUCGUUUCCGUGAAAAAAAAAAUGACAUCUGAUUCAUAUUAAAGCACCUACCAAUGAAACUUUACCAUAUUUAGUCACUCCUCGAUUAUGAUGAAAAAAAAAGAGGCGACUGAAAUCAUCAUUUGAAUUUCAUAUUUAAUAGAAUAUUUCAUGUACACGGUUCGAAGUAGUCGUUUGAUAGUCAGUCAACUUUGGUGUAGUCAAAUUGUUCGGUUACCUAUUUCGCGAGAUAUUUUCAUAAAAUUGGUAAGUGAGAGACCGAUUUGUAUUACUAUUUUUAUAACAUUUAUUUAUUUUUUUUAAUUUUUUGAGUUUUUAAUAAGGUGAUUUAAAUAAUAAUUAAAUUAAGUUUGAAUUAAUUUUGUUUGCUCGUAUUUUGUAUUAUUCGUAAUUUUUAAAUUUUGAGAAUUUUUUUUUCUGCUGUAUUUUAUGACUGGAAUAAGCCAAACGAUAGUGUAUAAGUAGAAAUUUUCGAUCUGAAUAGUAACAAAAAAAAAGUUAACGAGAUAGUAAUAAAAUUAUUCAGAUUUUUUUU